UGUUGUUAUGCUGAAAAUUAGAUUUAUAAAUAUUUAAAUGGGUUGCUGUCAAAGUAAAACUUCAAAAGCAAAGAAGAUUAGAAAAGCUGACUUAGCUUCAGAGCCAAAGGCUGUUUCAAAUCCUAUUCUUGAAAUUGAUAGAAGUAGGCAGAUUAAGAAGGAUUCUAAGGCAAAAAGUAGGAUAAAAGACUUACUGAAAGAUGUACAAAACUUGAAGGUGAAGAAGACCUCUACCAAAAAAGAAUUGAUUAUUCCUAAGAAGGCUACUAAUGUCCUUAAUAAAAACACUUCUUCUUUAAUUAGAGAAGGAAGCAUUGCUAAAGCUAAAAAGAACUUCGUAAUGAACAGCAAAAUGCCUAUUAGCGAAGAUCAGAAAGAACAUAAUCUCCAAUCUAAGAAGAAAGUAAAGACAGGUGACUCACAGAGCAAAAAUGUUGGGCUUGCCAAUGCUUCACUUGGUGCUAAUAAUCAAUCUAAAAAGAAUCCAAAACCAGGUAAUACUAAUUCAGGAGCGAGUUCAGGGUCAACCAUUAAAAGUUCAAAUCAUAAGAAGAUUAUAAAAGAAGAUCCUUACGUUGGAAAGAGUAGAGUUGUAAGCCAGGUUCCAAUAGGCAACUUAAAUAUCCUAGGCGGAGUCAUGAGAGGUUCAGGAGGAGGUAUCGGAGGAGGUAUCGGAGGAGGUAUCGGAGGAGGCUUAGGAGGAGCCUUUGGAGGAGGUCACUGUGGGGGAUUCAAUGGCGGAUUCGGUGGUGGAUUUGGCGGAUGACGAUAAUUUCAUUGUUCUCCAAGCAUCAUAACACUUUUUCAUAAUAUUUUUCCUAAUUUCUCCAGGACAUUAAAUAUCUGAUUGACCGAAAUUCUCUCCGAUAUAAAUCAUUCUCAAUUUCAAUAUUCCAAUACUUC